AAAUAGGGGACUCAUAAAUCGAACCUAUACCAACAUUUUUUACUAUGUGAUUUUAAGUGAUGUGGGUUUGUGCUAUUAACGUGUUUUCGUGCAGGUGAAUUCACCUUGUCGAGGCGAAGGCAGCAGAACGGAGCCUUCUGCGCCAGAAGGUGGCAGUAAUGCACCCGGAAGCUGUUUGCCAACCAUCAUUAUAAAAAGAAGAAGAAGUACUGUUGUUAACCUGCUACGCUAACAUCCAACCGAACAUGAUGCUACUCGGCUAAAUGCGUUCGGAUCAACUCUUCUACUACACACGUGGUUUUGUUGUGUUUAUAGCACUUGUCGGCAGAAGUAAAGCAAGUCGCCAUCUUCCGUAUUCGGUCUUCGCUGCGUUCUCUGAGAAGUUAGUUGUCUAAAGCGUUCGAAUGGAAAUGUCAACAAUCCAGAGUUUAAGACAGUUUAUCCACGAGAGGUUACACACUGCUGCUGAAGACAUAUUUGGAUGUUUUGAAGCGACUGUCACAAAGUACGAGGAGGAGAUCGGUCGUCAGCGCAGACUGCUGGAUGUAACUUUGAAACCUGUAGUAAAGCUGCAGAGAAUAGAGCUCCCACUGCGAAAUGUCUGUAUCAAGGAAGAGUUUCCUGACCUGCUGGAGCGGAACCCCAGUCCAGACCAAGAGGAGCCAGAACCUCCACAGAUUAAGGAGCAGAAGGAGCAGCAGGAGGAGCACUGCAUCGAGCUCCCAGAGCAACAUUGUCUUAAUGAGGAGGAGUUUCCAUCUGACCAGCAGCUCUGGAACCUUGAGAGGAACCCCAGUCUGGACCAAGAGGAGCCAGAACCUCCACAGAUUAAAGAGGAGGAGGAGCACUGCAUCGGUCUGGAAAUAGAGCAGCUUGUACUGAAGCAGGAGGAUCAAGAUAACCUUUUGUUGAAUCCUACUUUCAAGGAAAGUGACCACAGUGAAGCAGAACCAAGUGACCACCAGCUCCUCUCCCACAGCUCAGCUCAGAGCCAAGAUCUCAACGGAGGCCAGCAUGGAAACUCAAAAUCAGUUAGUAAUGCAGAGCAGGCAUCAGAAAAGGGACAUCAUGUCAUCACAAGAGCAAAAGGGAGCACAAGUCCCAGUAACCUUUCAUGUAGCUCUACCAUGUCAAAGAUUGUGCCGAAUAUCCGCAAGAGUAAAAAGGUUUUCGAGUGCGACACUUGUGGAAAAGUCUUUAAGUGGAAGUCAAUAUUAAAUAGACAUCUUAAGGUUCACAUGGGCGAGAAACCUUUUUCUUGCAAAACCUGUGGGAAAAGUUUUGCGCGUUGCAAUAACCUGCAGAGACACGAGAGAACGCACACAGGUGAGAAACCAUAUCUUUGCAAAACCUGUGGAAAAAGAUUUGGUUACAAGUCAGCACUAAAAACACAUAUGAGACUCCACAGAGGUCAGAACCUGCAUUCUUGCGAAAGGUGUGAAAAAAGUUUCACAACUAGCACAAAGUUGAAGAUCCACGAGAGAACACACACAGGCGAGAAACCUUUUUCUUGCAAAACUUGUGGGAGAAGUUUUAGUCUGAGAACUACCCUACAGGUCCACGAGAGAACACACACGGGGGAGAAACCUUUUUCUUGCAAAACUUGUGGGAGAAGUUUUAGCAAAAGAAAUAACCUGCAGGUCCACGAGAGAACGCACACGGGCGAGAAACCUUUUUUUUGCAAAACUUGUGGGAAAAGUUUUAGUGCGAAAAAAACCCUGCAGUAUCACGAGAGAACUCACACGGGGGAGAAGCCUUUUUCUUGCAAAACUUGUGGGAAAAGUUUUAGUGCGAGAAAAACCCUGCAGUAUCACGAGAGAACUCACACGGGGGAGAAGCCUUUUUCUUGCAAAACUUGUGGGAAAAGUUUUACACAUGGAUGUAGUUUGAAAGUUCACAUGAGAAGCCAUAAAGGGGAGGAGUCGUAUCCAUGUACAACUUGUGGUGAAAGAUUUGUUAUCAAAUCACUUCUAACAAAACAUUUGAUGACCCACACAUAGCAAAACUGAUAUUUUUGUAAAAUGAUGUAAAGAUCUCUCACUUGCCAGUUUAUACAAAGUCCACAGGAGAAUACAUCCAGUUGAGAAGCCACACCAUGGCAACAGGAGAGGGAUAAGAUUUGCUCAUUAGUUUUCAAAGAAGUUGUUACUUAAUUAUUGUUUCAUUAAAUAAAAAUACAACAGUUAACGAAAACGACACUGGAAAUGUUUCAGGGGGACAAAAAAGUUAUGAACCUUGUUGUAGUUCAAUGCUUUAUGAAGUUCCAUCACCACUGACGAGGAGCAGACUUCAAUAACUUCACAAAGCAUUGAACUACAGCCAGGUUCAUCACUUACAUCUACACAAGAGAGAUAGUGUACAUUUGCAUUAGCUGCAUCUCUGCAACUGAAUGUGGAAAAUAUCCCAUCGAGGAGACAUCACAAUAUCUUUGAUGCAGUACAUGGUCAACAACAUUUGCUGAAGUACUCACGUUUCUGUUCUUCAUGUGACUGUCAUUGACAUUUACAUCUGCAAAGGAAGUGAUGUUUUCAUCCAUGUCUCUUUGUUUAUUAAUUUAUCAGCCAUUUAUACCAGAUGAUGCAGGAAGGGGACGGGGGUGAGAGAAAUUGAUUGGGUUUAAGGGGCAGAUCCAGGAUAUGUUAUUAUCGCUGAAUGUUGAGAGAUGUCAAUGUGUCAGGAAAGACUGUGGAACAAUAAGUAAAAAUCUGACAUAUUGGUGGUACAGAAAUUUAUAAGAACACAGUAUGUGGGGCAGAUUAUCAGAUGACUUCACUUUUUCUUUUCUUUUUCUAUUACAAAGAAGAAAAUAUGUUGUUAAUGUGUACACAGUCCUAAAUUACUCACUGUAAAUGGUUAUUAUUUGUACUACGUGCAUUCAAUACUUCAGUGCAGUUGCAGUUCAUUAAAGUUUCUUGAAAUAU